AUGGAGGGGAUGAGCGCCCAGAGAGAGCCCGGCUCCUCGCCCAGCACUAAGCCCCCUGGCCAGGACAGCCAGCCCUUCUCGUCCGCGCACCUGAAGCCCAACCAGGUGGGGGAGACGUCUCUGUACGGGGUGCCCAUCGUGUCCCUGGUGAUAGACGGCCAGGAGCGCCUGUGCCUGGCGCAGAUCUCCAACACCCUGCUGAAGAGCUACAGCUACAACGAGAUCCACAACCGGCGGGUGGCGCUGGGCAUCACCUGCGUGCAGUGCACCCCGGUACAGCUGGAGAUCCUGCGCAGGGCCGGGGCCAUGCCCAUCUCGUCCCGCCGCUGCGGAAUGAUCACCAAGAGGGAGGCCGAGCGCCUGUGCAAGUCGUUCCUGGGCGAGCACCGCCCGCCCAAGCUGCCCGAGAACUUCGCCUUCGACGUGGUGCACGAGUGCGCCUGGGGCUGCCGGGGCAGCUUCAUCCCCGCCCGCUACAACAGCUCCCGGGCCAAGUGCAUCAAGUGCGGCUACUGCGGCCUCUACUUCUCCCCCAACAAGUUCAUCUUCCACUCGCACCGCGCCCCCGACUCCAAGUACACGCAGCCCGACGCCGCCAACUUCAACAGCUGGAGGCGGCACCUGCGGCUGAGCGACGCCACCGCCUCCGACGAGCUGGCGCACUCCUGGGAGGACGUCAAGGCCAUGUUCAACGGCGGCACCCGCAAGAGAGCCUUCAGCUCCCCGGCCUCCUCCGGCAGCAGCUCGGCCCGCCAGCACCUGGAGCUCCCGCCGCCGCCUCCACCGCCCCCGGCCAAGAGCCUGCGGGGGGACGAGGAGCAGGCGGCCCGCAGCUUCCCGCUCAUCCCGGUGCCCAGCAAGGGCUUCUCCGGGGUGCUGCACAAGAUGACGCCUCCGCUCUUCCCGCCGCCCCCAUACGGCUUCCCGGCCUUCGGGCUGUGCGCCAAAAAGGACGAUGGCGGCCUGGGGGAGAAGGGUGCCCUGCCCGGCGUCUUCUGGCCCGCAGCCCCCACCUCCAAGGACUCGGUGUACCCGCCCUUCCCGGUCUUCUGGCCUGCAGCCGGGGCGCUCCCCGUGCCCCCCUACCCAGGCUUGUCCCAGCAGCAGGCAGGAGCCAAGACCGCGGGGGAGGCGGACGAGCCGGAGAGCAGCGGAGACGCCCAGGAGGAGCAGCCCCCGAGUCGGGAGGAAGAGAGGUCCGGGGAUGAAGGGAGGCCCGGGGAGCCGCUGACGCCCAGAAAGCUCCGCUACAUCUCCGCCUUCCGGCCGGUGGUGAAGGCCGCGGAGAGUCUGGCCAAGCUAUACGGGAGCCGGGAGGUGUACGGGCCCAGCCGGCCGCCGGGCUACAGCUCCCCGGACCUCCUGAGCGACACCUCCAGCUACCGCUCCGUAUCUCCGGGGCCCGACACUGCAGACGAGCCGGACGUGGACGUGGAGUCCAGCCGCUUCCCAGAGGAGGACCGGGGGCCCAGCGUAGUACCGGGGCCCUGCUCCAGCGCCUCCUCCCCCGCAUCUGCCCGGGACACCGAGGACAGGAGAGAGCACAGCCCGGGGGACAGCCCGAGGAGCACAGGCGGCUAUGAGGUUUACACAAAGCAGAUGGCAGAGGUUCCUCAGACGCUGAAGGCAAAUGCUCCACACCAAGGCCUCCCAUCAUCUUAUCUCUGCAGCCUAGACCCAAAUGAGCAAGAUUCAGAAGACAGUCAUUCCACGGCUGAGGACCUGGAAAGCAGGAAGUCAUUCCAAGACCAAAGGAGUCAUAUAUCUCACACGAGUCCCGUACACACUGACAGAGGGGAAGACAGUCCAAUCGAUGUCACCGGGACCCAGUUUGUAGAAAAAGACAUUGAGAACAUGGCGAAAGAUGAGCUGCAGAAAUUGUUAGUGGAACAGAUGGAUUUGAGAAAAAAGCUGGAAAGGGAAUUUCAAAGCCUGAAAGAUAAUUUCCAGGACCAGAUGAAGAGGGAGUUGGCAUACAGAGAAGAGAUGGUCCAGCAGCUGCAGAUUGUAAGAGACACCUUGUGUAAUGAACUGGAUCAAGAGAGGAAAGCACGCUAUGCCAUCCAGCAGAAAUUAAAAGAUGCUGACACCAAGACUUUGCACAGAGAACUGUUCCUUCAGACUUCAAAUCCCGCACCCCUUAGCUAUAUCUGGGCUCCAAGGAAACUGAUGUACCCUCCAGCCCCCUGA